CACUUGUUUUCCAUUCGUCGUACAGUCCGUCUCGCGUGCGCUUCUCACACUAAGGAAUUUUCGAUGGUGUCUGUGUCUGUGAAUUAUAUUGGGGAAAAAAAACUGUGCGCUUUAUUUUGUUUAUAAAUUUUAUUGCAAUUAACGCACAUAUGUACACCGCGCGUACACACUAACACAUACUUGAAAGUACCCUUAUCAAUGAAUUGAUUUGGCAGCAACACAGCACACAAGUUACACAAAACGCAAAUGAAAAAAAUGGCGCCCGCAGCCACAGAAGCAACUUGACUACUUUCUUCUUCUUGUUUCGGUGUAGUCUCGUCGGUCGCCGUCGCCGAUCGAUUGUCGCGAUCAAAAAAAAGUGAAAAAUUGUGUAUUUUACACAAACGAGCGCGUCGUUAAAGGAGGCUAGUAUUUUAGCAAUCCGCCCUUCGGCUACACUUGGGGUUUUGCAGACAACGGCAGCCGUGCCGCCGAAUCAGUUUUGGAAAUAUCGCCAAAUAUCAACUAUACUGUCAGUGGGGAAUCGAUGCCCUAUCUAUUAUCCGCGGAUGGAUCAUUGGCCGUACAAAAGGAUGUUAAAGGUGCACUCUCAGCUAGCAAUAAGGGCAAUGUCGUGCGUCGUAUGUUCGUUGUGAACGAUACGUUUGCGCCCGGAACACAAAGAGUCAUUACUACAGGUGGGGCAUCGACGGUAGUCAAAAAGCAGGACUCAUCUGCACAACAGGUGUUGAGCAUUAAUUCGCUUGAUAAGAACUAUUUAUUAGUCGAUCAGGCGACAGCCGCUGCUGCAGCAGCCGCCGCCGCUGGCGAUCCUGCGGCUGCACAUCAUCACACAUUGACGAAUGGCAGCAUUGUUGACGCCAAGACUGGACAAACGGUAUUGACGUCGAGCGCUGCGGCAAAGUCGCACUUCAACUCGAUUGGCGCUCUGCACCUCACCCAAGAGGAAUGCAAUGAGAUAUUAAUAAAACGCGCGAUCGCUGCCGGACAUCAUCAGACGCACACGAUCACCACAACAGGCGACGGAGCGCACCAUCAUAAUUCGGCGCCAGGCGCGACACCAAGCGGUGCAACAACACUCUUAGGUGACAUACUUCCUGGUAUUUCAGUUCAAGUACAGAAAGUAAUACAAGGACUCGAAGAAACCGAGGACUCGCAGGGCGAAGCACCCAACUUAAAGUUGGAGCCAGGCACUUUAGAAUUGUCCCCAAAGACCGAACUACAGGAAUCAAUGCAUUUCAGCGAAACCGACGCCACCAUCAAGAAGGAACGCCCGUACAGUUGCGACGAGUGCGGUAAAUCCUUUCUGCUCAAACAUCAUUUGACAACACACGCGCGCGUGCACACAGGUGGUGAACGUCCCCACAUUUGCACCCACUGCGGCAAGAGCUUUGCGCACAAACAUUGCCUGAACACGCAUCUAUUGUUACAUUCGACCGACCGGCCAUAUCAGUGUCAGGAGUGCAAGAAGAGCUUCACCCUCAAGCAUCAUCUACUGACCCAUUCUCGCGUUCACAGUCGAGAACGGCCGUUUGUCUGCCAAGAGUGCGGACGCUCGUUUCCGCUCAAGCGGCACCUCGUCACCCACAGCAAAUUUCACGCCGGCGAACGUCCCUACGUCUGCGAGGAAUGCGGUGAAAGUUUUGCCCAGGAGAACCACCUUAUUAUGCACUCACGCUUUCAUGGUUCAUUGAAUCCAUUUGUUUGUGCUGAGUGCGGAGCAUCGUUUCCACGAAAGUUCCAGUUGGUCAAUCACGGGCGUAUACACGGUAAAAUUCCCCACUCCUGUACUGUUUGUGGCAAGGAAUUUCUACAGAAACGUACACUAGUUGCACACAUGAGGCGCAUACAUACAGGCGAUCAGCCGCAUCCGUGCCUAAGCUGCGGUGAAGGCUUCCUAACCAAGGCCGAGCUGCUCCAGCACAUGCGCACCGCACACAAUGGUGUCAAUCAAAAUACGGGCAGUACCAUAAUUGCCAAUCAGCAGAUACAGCAGCCGCACCACCAUCCCGGAGCGCCACACCCACAGACGAUCACUGUUGUGAGCAAUCCUGCUAAUUCAACACUGCUUACCGUCUCGACUACUGAUGCUAAUGGAGUGGCAAGGCCGCAAUUUGUAUGCCGCGAGUGUGGUAGCGCUUUCAAUAGUCGCGAGGCAUUGGCAUUGCACUUGCGCCUGCAUACCGGCGACAAGAGUCUAAUGACUGACUUGUGCGCCUUAACAGCAGCGCUGCCGGGCCACUUCCUAAGCACAGCCAGCUUGAAUCCUGGCACCGUGGUAACCGCCAAUCCAAAUCUUGUGGGCCAAAGUCCCGUGCCAGUGCAAAUAAUCUCGUCCACUGGCCAGGUGAUGUCGCAGACCACGCUGGUGCAGGCCGCCAACUCAACCCAUCCGCAAGCCGUCGUCACCGCUGUGCCGACAAUGUCCGUACAGGGCCAGCAGCAAGCCCAUCUACAUCAUGUCCAACAGCAGGCGCAACAGCAAGUGGUGACUGUGGCAUCGGCCAAUAAGCCAAAGUCCCAUUUCUGCGCCAGUUGCGGCAAGGGAUUCGCUGCUAAGCACGGUCUGAUGCAGCACAAUCGCCGCCAUCCCAGUGGCGGAUGCACUGUGCGCACACAUGUUUGCGAAUGUGGAAAGGCGUUCUUCCAAAAGAAUCAUUUGAUGCUGCACCAGCGCCAGCAUUUGGAAACGAAGCCAGCCAUAUCGCAGCAACAGGAGGCGGCCGCUCAGCAGCAACAGCAACAACAGCAGUCGGCUGCAACGCCAUCGCAGCCCACACAGGUUGAAGUUCUAUUGCCUGGUGGUCACGGUAAAGUGAUCAAAUACGAAAUAUGCCGCAAUGUGCAGCAGCAGGAGGGUCAGGGAUCACAACAACAGCAACAGUGAAACGUUUACGGGUAUUGGGAAUAGUCAGUUUAAAAGCAUCCCGAAUCCUCAAGCAAACCUUUGAGCGUCCGACAGCUAAAAUGUAUUCUUUAUGCUUUUGUGUGGCGAUGCAAGAUUUGUGUAUAGCAUUUUAAUUUACUGUAAAUACAUACAUAUAACUGCUGUGCUUAGCAUUGAAGCUAAAAGUAAACUAGCCGGCAGGCAAGUUAAAAUUUAAAUAAAAAAUCAAAAACCGCGCAACAUGUGACUAGUGCAGCUUAAGAUUGGAAAAAUCCUACACAAAUUCUCUCACACAGACAUGCACACUCACACAAAAAUUACAUCGCACACAAACACACACCAUAUUCACACUUUAAAAAGCCUCUACACUUAUAAACCAGAAUAAUAAUAAUUAUAAUAAUAAUAAAACACAGAAGUGUAUUCCCUUAGUUAUAAAGCUUUUAGUUACAUUUAGAUAUGUAUGUAAAAUAAAUAUACAAAAACAUAAACUGUAAUUAUAUAGAGUUACAUAAAUGCAUAUUGUAACUGUAAUUGUAACUGUUAAUCUUGUGAUGUGUUGGUCACAUCUAAAACAACAACCUAUGUAAGUUGCAACCUUUUUACUUAUUGCAUACGAUAAAUUUUUGAUUGAUUUUAUAUUUUAGCAACUAAUUUUUAUCAUAUUCAUAACAUACAUACAUACCUACGUAUACACACCUAUGCAUAAACGAAUAAUUGUAAACAAUGUAUACAUACCUACAUAUAAAGAGAAAUACAUAAGCAAGCAACCAACUACUAUGGACCUACAUACAUACAUACCUACAGUACCAUCUGUACAAAGAAUUAAACGGUACCGUCUGCCACAUGUGUGUUCUCCACAAAAGAAUAAUUAAAAGAAUGUAUGGAUUUCGAAACAAUCAAAUUAAAAGGGGGUCCGUUGUUUUGGAAAACAGGAGUAUGAUCGCGACGAUUGAACUGUUUAGUUUGUGACGAUACCGUGAAAUUCUUUGUACUAUGCUGCCUGCAAAAGCAUGAGAUACGUAAACAAAAAAUUAACCACAUAAUCCAACUAGAACUUCAGGUGUGGGCGCCUCCCUAGACGUGCGUUGGUGCACUGCAAUGUGGACAUACUGGAAGGCAAAAA